UAUUCUUCUCUGCAUUGCGAUGUUUCCCUCAAUCAUUAUCAAGAUACUCGUACUGUUUUAUAAGAAUUCUCAAAAGCAUCGUACCACAGAUAUGACGUCAAUGUUGUAAGCUCCGGUAUGCACUAGUCCAUUGUGUUGGCGAACUCCAUACAUAGACUAUGGCAACGCCCCCCUUCAUGCUCGACUGGCUCCAUUACUAUUGCGGCUUAAAUUGAUCAUUCAAAGCUGAGAAACGAAGCAAUAUUGAUUGGGCUGCAAAUGUUGGCUACAGCAGGUUUAGCCGGCAGUGUGCAGAAUCCGGGGUAGGUGGGGCCGCGAAUGGAAAGCAUCGCCUCCCUUCCGUCAUGCAGUCACUCCAGAUGCGGGGAAAUUGUCACAAGCUCAUAAUAAGCUCAGGGGUGGGAGGAAUGCAUUCCUUUCCAGCAGCUUCUUCCUCCUCUGACACCUCAAUUGACACGACAACAAUAAUCAAUCAUGUCGUGGUUCCAGAAAAGCGGUGCUCCCCAGACGCCGCCGGACAUUCAGGUCCAAAUCGCGGACCGCGAACCAAACAACUUCUAUUUAAGAUCUUCUUCUAACAACACUGGACCGCCACCGGGGACGCGUGUUAUCGAUACUAAUCAUUCAAAGACUCACGUUAGCACCAACACUUUGUUUGACGUUGGCAUCUUGAAGGACACGCUUGUUCCAUCACUGGAACUACACUCAGGUCUUGCUAUAAUUGCUUGGGGAGCUGCCCGUUACACUGGACGAGUUGAAGCCAAAGAUUGGCUUUGGCCCAGUGGACAAGUCGUCAAUGCCUGGUGGUCCGCUGUUGGUCGUCGCCUAUAUCAAGGUCUCACUCUUUCGCAAGCACUUCAUCGUCUUUCCUGGCACGAGCGCCUUGUAUUGACCGGUGUUACUCUAUGGGGCGGACGCCUCUUCUACCGAAUUGCCUCAAGGUCAAUCAAGCGUGGAGAGGAUGAUCCUCGGUACGACGAGGCAAAGAUGGACGAAGACUUCUGGUCGAAGUCAUUGUUCACGACUUUCAUCCCGGAGGCUUUCUUCCAGAUGUUAAUUGCUUUGCCCUUUACCGCGCCAUUCCGACAUGAAGGCGCGGUUUUGAUGGGAUACCAUCCGCUCCUUCAGAUGACGGCCGUGGGUCUAUUCUCGGCUGGCUUCGCGUUGGAGACACUUGCAGAUUAUCAGCUUGAUCAAUUCAAAGCAAAAGGUGGAACUGGUAUCUUGAAGGAAGGCGUAUGGAGUAUUGUCCGCCAUCCUAACUACCUUGGUGACGCGUUUGUCCAUCUCUCCUUCAUUGUCCUUCUCUACGGCUCUGACAUGCUCGCCCCCGUCGAGCUCCUUGGCCCAGUCGCAAAUUACCUCUUCCUCCGCUUCUUCGGCGGAGACAAUCAAAAGGAACGCCACCAGACCCGCCGAUACUCUGCUUCAAACCCAGAUAAGUUCGCGGAGUUGGAGAAGUUCAGAAAGGAGAAGAACGCUUUCUGGCCCCAGACACAGGAACUUUCGAACAAGUGGCUGUGGACCGUGCUCGGCGUCGGUGUUGCCGGUGCAGCUCUCGAAGAGGCUAUCAGGACGCUAUUUUAAAGGGAUUUGGCAAAGUGCAUUUGUGUAUGACUGUCAAUCGCUAUAACUAUGACUCUCGGGAGUAUGGCGUCCUUUCUAUCUGUAUAGUACGAAAACCAUACUACCACG